CCGGCUGCUAAUAGGACCUUCCUCCCAGUGUCUCCAGCCACACAAGGUGUCUGCCCCAGCGUCAGGAAGGAGAGGUGACAAUAGGGCUUCUGUGGGCUUGGUGGCCGGGGGGUUGGGGCGGGCACGGAUUCAGGCAAAUGAGCGGGGUGCACACAGAUAUAGAGGCGUGCGGGUGGUCUGCCCUCUGCUUCCAUUUAGCGCUGGCCAGAAUGGAGGGCAGCCUGCAGCAGCUCAACCUGCAGAGGGGGCCCGAGGAGGCGGGGGACAGCCAGGCCCUCGCCAAGCUGCGGGAGUUGGCCCUGACGUGGUUCAUGCAGACACAGGCGCCCCUCAUCCUGCAGGACGGAGCCCUGCCCCCCUGGUUUCACGGAUUCAUUACUCGCAAGCAGACGGAGCAGCUGCUUGAGGACAAAGCUCUCGGCUCCUUCCUCAUCCGCCUCAGCGACCGGACCACCAGCUACAUCCUGUCCUACAGGGGCAGUGACCGCUGUCGGCACUUUGUCAUCAACCAGCAGUGGGACCGGCGCUACCUGGUCUCGGGAGACACCUGCAGCCACGGCACCCUGGCUGACCUCGUGCGUCAUUACCAGGAGGUGCAGUUUGAGCCCUUUGGGGAGAUCCUGUCUGCUGCCUGCCCUCGGCCGGAGGACAACGAUCUAUAUGAUGCCAUCUCCCUGGGCCUCCAGCACACCAGUCUGGGCCUGGAAAAUCCACCUGCCUCAGCAUCGCCCCUGGUGGCCCCGGACAAGGCUACCAGCCCCUGGCCCUGCCUGAAGCCGCAGGUCCCCUUCCUUCACACCAAGAAGAGUCUGGAUGCGAGUUCCUGCAGCUUCUCUGAGGAGGCGGUUCUGCCUCUGUUUCCCCAGGUCCCCGUCAGGGUGCCUCCCCUCCCUGAGAGGAGUGCCUCCCCUCCGAACGAGUCCUUUGGAAGCUCCAGCAACAGCAUCUACUCAGACCUGAGGAAGGUGAACCAGGCACGGCUGGGCCUGGGCGCAGAGGCAUCCGGCAGGCCCGGGCCAGCCCCAGCUGGCAGCCAGCCCAGCUCCCCAGGCAAGGAGCCGUGGAGGACACUCUCGGCUGGAGGCCAGAACAGGCCUGAGGGCCCAGGGCCUGCCCUCUCUGGGGUGAGCCCCGAGCAGGGUCCUACGGUGCCUCCCAUGCCCUGGGGCCACCUCCUGCCCCCUGCUUCUGAGGCCCUGGGAUCCUCGGCUGCCCCCUGGAGCCAGGAGUCUCUGAAGCUGAGCCACAGGGCUCAGCCCUGCUCCCAGGGCAGCUCUGCAGACACUUUUGAGUUCCUGCAGACAGCAGGUCCCCCAUCAGAGCCCAGGGACGUGCCAGACCAAGAAGGCAGUGCCUACGCGCAGGUCCCAGUGCGCUGGGGGGGCCCAGCCAGGCCCUCGGGUCCCGGGACCAGUCCUCCAUCUAGCAAGCCGCCAGGACCCACAGACUACAGCUAUGAGAGGCUCUCAGGGGCCCCGGAGCUCCCCGAGCCCAGGAACACCUAUGAACAAACCCCAGCAGCCAGGAGCAAGGAGACCGGACGGACACACAAGCCUGACAAGUUCCGGAGGAUCUUCUUCACUGACAAGAAGCACAAGUCCUGAGCACCAGGCUUCCUCCCAGCAGCUCACCGGUGGGCUUCCUGGGACCCGGCUGUGCCCCCCAUGAAGGCACCCCUGCUUCCCCAGUGCCCCUCACUCUCCCCCGGGGGGGUGGGGGUCAGGGCUGGAGGGGCGGGGGACUGACCACAGGCAGGGUCAGCACCCCCAUCCCCAAGACGAACUUCUGAGGCCUGGGCUCCCUGGUCACCUACGGAGCACAUGGCUGACGCUGGGCUAGGGUGGGCUGAGACCUGAGCCAUCGCCCGACUGGGCGGCCCUCCCAGCCGCGGGCGGCAGAGGCCUCUGAGGCAAGAGUUCCUGCCCGGAGGCGCUGGGCUCCCAGGAGCAGGCCCCUUGGCCCUUCUCUGCCCCCUGCCUUACCACAGCCUUGCCACGCAGGCUGGCCAGGCCCUCACCCAGCCCCUCUGCGCUGCAGACGGGGAGACCAAGGCCCACAGAGGAGCGAGCCGCCUGAGGUCACGGUCAGCGCCUGGGCACACACCCCAAGCCUGGCUGCCUGGGGCCCGCCUGGGACGCACUCCUGGGCGUUUCUGGGGCCAGCCUGUAUGACCAGGUCACUCUCCCCUGCCCUCUGCCUCCGCCAGUCUUGGCCCCGAGGGGCGGCUCUCAGACCGCUCCCAUGAGGCCCACACAGCAGCUCUGGACACGGGCACUCACGUGUCUGCUCUCCCUGGAUUCCCGUCCCCCAGGGUCCUUCCUGCGUUGUCCCACGUCCCCUCUUCCCUGCGCGUCCCCACCUGUGGAUGGGGGAGCAGCUGGUGUGCAGCUCCCGCCUGGGCCUCCAGUCACCGGAGGUGGGAAACAGACUGACCGUCCCCAGAGAGAGCGCCGUGGCCCCCACCCCUCCUGCCCAUGUCCCCUGGCCCGGCUCACACCUGUGGGGGCAUCUCCCCUAGCAGCCUCCCCCCUGAAGAGCGGGGGAGAGCGCCCGCCUCCCAGGGGCCUCGUAGGACUGAGAGCAGGGCGAGCAGCCCUGUGUCUGACUCGGGCCUAGGGCUCCGUAGAUUCUCACCACAAUCACCACUGUCAUGAGGGAAACGGGCAUGGUUCUCACCUAACGUCCCCUGUGGGGCUCACUUGGAGAUUCGGGGUGCCAAUGUGUCUC